UGGCGUCCGUCCUGGUAGAUGUGGACAAUCUGAUCUCAAGUGUCACUGAGAGCAAAGAGACUUCAGGACUCGUCCCACAAAAAGAGAGAGAAGAAAAGAACGAGAGGAUCUGAUCACCAGGACAAACUUUUUCUUUCUUUUUCUGCAGGACGAUCUUUCACCUCCCAAACCAACACAGAGCCUGAAGCUGCUCCAGAAUAAAUCCUCCUCCACCCGAGGGACGAAUAAAGAAGAAGAACAACAACAGAAAAAUGUUGCCUUUGGGCAGUGUUGGAUAAAUUACCCUCCUCUGAAGUCCAGAAGAAAAGAGGAAUAAAGAAGAACAAGUGAAGAGGAUGUUGGGAUUUGUGGCAUCCAGUCAGGUGCAAAGAAAAGUAGAUUUAAAGAUGAAAAUAAAGACGGAAUAACAGGUUUUCUUUCAUCUCAAAGGCAGAAAAAAAGGAGAAAUAAAGUUUGUGAGAACUUCAGCAUCUCAUGUCCAGAUAAAGGAGGAAGAGAGUGAAUACAGGACACAGAUUCUCAGCGUGAAGAGGACAAAAAGUUUAUUUUAAUAUAUUUUUCUGGAAGAAAACAACUGGACACAAAACGGGAAAAGCUUGAGGACAAAAAUGCUCAAGUGAGGAGACAAAAGUGAAGGAAUAAAAGGAAACAGAGGAGAAGAGGAACAUCUGGAGGAUACAGGAGGAGAAAAGAGGACCAGAGCAGAUACAGAGAAGAAAGGGAAUAAUCAAGAGCACCGGGAGAGAAAGUGAUAAACCAAGAGAAGAAGAACAAAAAGAGGACGAAUUAAAAGAAGGAGAACUGAGGAGGAAUAAUCAGAACUAAAGGAGGAACCAGAAAUCCGAGGUUAAAGAACGAGCUGGUGUGAGAAUGAGGCUCCUGCUGCUUCUGGCUGCUCCGCUCAGCAUCCUCAGCCUCCAUGUUUCCGUCCCGGCCUCCGCAGGCGGCGUGAUCUCCCCGGGCCGGCUGGAGCGCUGGGUCCGCUCCGGCCUCCAGUCUCUGCAGUGGGACCAGCUGGACCGGUGCCUCCGCAUGUCCUCGCUCUCCGAGGCGGAGUGCAGGCAGCUCGCCCACCUCCCGCCGUCCGCCGUGGCCGUUUACGUGUCGGAGCCACGCACCACGGCAGGUUCCUCGGACAAAGUUCUGGCCAUCCUGCCGGACUCCUCAGGUGGGACAGUGGGCUCCAAACCUCGGGGAGGCUUCGGCAUCAGCCAGAUGCCGAAUGGACACCAGCAGCCUUUCCCUGGAUCCAUGGCCCACGAUGCCGUGCUGGUGCUGGAUCCCAGCCCCGGGGAAAACUUUGGACACCCGGUGGUCCUCUUCUAUGUGGACAUGAACGUGACGAAGAAGAGAUGCUCCCACCUGGACGGCAUUUACCUGGGGGACGAGUGUUUGACUCUGGCCCUGAAGGGUCGGUGUCAGAACCAGCUGAAGCGUCGGCAAGCCGGGCCAGAGAGGCUCAUGGGUAACGGACACAGCCGGCUGGCGGGUGGGGGCCUGCGCGGCGGCACCGUCAGCACCAGUGGCGGCGGCCGGCUGGUGGAGCGGGCCGUCGGAGGGCUCUGCGAAGUCCACUUCCUGCCGCUGGUGGUCGGGGUCGGAGACAGAAACCGAACGCAGAGACUCAGAUGUGUGGACCACACAGAGUUUGCGAGGUGUCCUCAGCCGCUGUCGAUGGGUUCUCCGAGUCUGCCUGUCUCCAGCUGCGAGCUGAAUAAAAACACCCGCCGCUGCCACCAGCAGCCGCUCGCCACUCACCUCUCCUGCCGGCUCUACCAGACCUGUGACCACGCCGUGCUCCUCUCAGGCGGCUGGCAGCAGCAGAUGACGUUCCAGCGUCACAUUGAAAAUCUUCAGAGGUUCUAUAAGAUGCUGCGGAACAACGGCUUUCAUAAAGAUCACAUCAAGACCUUCUUUGCCAGCAGUGGACAACUUCCUGAGGACAUGGAGGGCGUGUACUCGGCGACAGAGAAAGCGGUGAUUCGUAACCACGUGUCGUACGUGUGCAGGAAGCAGCACUGCGCCGACACGCUGGUUCUCUACCUGAACUCGCCCACACGCAACGAUGGCACCAUGCUGCUGUGGGACGCCAACCUCAACGGCAUCGCCGAUCUGAAGGAGCGAUACUCGGUCAACGAGCUGCUGGCCGACCUGGCCGGCUGCAGGGCCACUCGCGUCCUGCUCUUUGUGGAUCAGAGCUACAGCGGCGUUCUGUCCAAGAGGCUGCGAGGGUCCCAGAAACACCUCAACGUGGUCCUGAUCCCAAAGCAGUCGCGGCAGACCCACAACCACCACAACCAGAGGGUGAACGCGGGCUCGGAGGACGGCAGCUGGUCCUACAUCCGCCCUGCGAUCUGCCUCCUGGACCACCUGGGGAAGGCUGCGGGGAUAUCUCACCUGCUGGAGCCGUGGGCCGGCCUCUUGAACGUGACGCUGGCGGGCGCCCCCUGCAACGCCACGCCGCCGCUGACCGACGGGGAGAUGCGACGAGAGUACCAGGGCUGCCAGAACCUGCCGACCGCGCUGUGGCACCAGAAACACAGGAGGACCAACUGAGAGAGAGAGAGAGAGAGAGAGACACUGAGACUGACCAGGAGAGAGAGAGAGAUUUAUUAUGGACACACACAUACAAACACACACACACACACACUCACACUCACACUCACACUCACAGGACACACACAAGGUGUUUGCGGUGUGUGUGUGUGUUUGUGUUGACUUAUGUUGCAGUGUGCUUGGUGGACGCUGAAGUGUGUGUGUCCUAACUCUGAACUCGAAGACUGUAACCAUGGCGAUGACAGCUCAUCCCAAUGGGAGUGUCCUGAACGCCAUGUUGUGUGUG